AUGGCACACGACAACAAAGAAUUAGUAAUUGAACAUUUCGAAUUUGCACCAAUUUCAAUAAUCGACGAAGUAAUAGAUUCAGUAAAUGAACUUUUGUAUCAAGCACUUAUAGGCUUAGAAAAUUUUAUUUACAAAUAUUUAAAUUCUGACGAGGAAAUUGAACAGGGAAUGCAUCAAGUAGAAACAUUAUUAGAAAAUCUGAUAGAUCAUAACUUUGAUUUAUUUGAACUUUACACGUUAAGAAAUAUUUUCGCUGUUCCUGAUAACCUUGAAAUAAUUUUACCACAUCAUGAGGGUUUAGAUUUUACUUUAGAUCAAAGCAAAGAGGAUCAAAUUGAUGAAGAAUUAGAAUUAAUGCGAAAGAAAGUUUUGGCUGCAAAAGCAAUGAAUCAUAAACUAAAAAUGGAACAAUCUAAAACGGAAACUCGGAUUAAGAAAAUGGAACAAAUGAAAGAAAAAUUAGAAUUUAUAUUAACUACACCUAAACUUCAUAAUGUGAAUCCAAUGGUAGACACAUUACGCUUAGUGAUUGAUCAACUACUGGGAAUUAAAAAGAUUACAAAUAAUCUUCAUUCAGAAGUUAAUGAAGAGAAAUUAAAUCAAUAUUCAAAUAUUCAUGAUGAACGUGAAACAUUUAUUAGUACAAUGGUAUUAAGACAAACCGAACAAGUGAAAAUGUUAAUGCAGCAAAAAGAAAAACAAACAAUUAAUAAUUUGUUUUCUGAUGUUAAUAACAAUAAAAUUAAUAAUAAACACGAAGAAUAA